AUGAAUGCGGACGAAUCUAAUGAAUUCAAGAAGGUUCGUGCGUUUGCCUCUUUACCCCGUACCGUCCGAGGCUUUCCUACGGUGAUAGGCUCUAGCCCGAAAGGUGAUAAAAUCAUAUACUGCAAUGGCAACUCGGUCUUCAUCGUCGAUGUUGAGAACCCUACCAAUGUAGACAUCUACACUGAACAUCCAGUGCCGCCAGCAGUAGGCCAAGAUGAGUGCCUAGCGGUGUUUUCUGGAAGUGUUCGCGACAUAGCAUGGAACGAUGAUAGUAAACGAAUAGCCGCGGUCGGAGAAGGACGAGAAAGAUUCGGGCAUGUAUUUUUGUUCGACACUGGUACCUCGAAUGGUAACCUUUCCGGGCAAUCUCGACCCAUGAGCAGCAUCGACUUCCGUCCCACAAGGCCUUACCGUCUUGUGAGUGGUUCGGAGGACAACACUGUUGCAAUCUUUGAGGGACCACCGUUCAAAUUCAAGACGGUAGUCUUGUUCGAAGGAACAGAAGGAACUAAAACUGGAGAACUUGUUGAUGAUUCUGUUAAAGGCGGUGCGGCACACUCAGGAAGUGUUUUCGGUUUGGCUUGGUCACCUUGUGGCCAACGAAUCGCAACAGCAUCUGGAGACAAGACAGUGAAAAUCUGGAACGUCCCGGAGAAAGCGCUUGAAAAAGUUGUAACGUUUGGUGAUUCUACUGAGGAUCAACAAAUCGGUAUUUCAUGGAGCACAAAGGCACUCGUCUCAGUCUCGCUUGCAGGAUUCCUUAGCUUCAUAGAUCCUGCCGGCAACAUAACUAAGGUUGUUCAUGGUCAUAACAAAGGAAUAACGUCACUAGCCCUUACUUCUUGCAAGCAGUGGUUAAUCACGGCUGAUUUUGAGGGCCAUAUAACACGUUGGAAUGUCUCUAAUGGGGAGUCGAUUCGAAUUCAACCAACACUUCAUAGGUCACAGGUACUAGUCACCACGUUUGAGCCUAAAAGCCGGCAUCACAAUUUUGAUUUAGAUAGUUGGCUUGGUUGUUGGAAAGAUGAACGUCUUGAAUUAGCGUGGCGCGUGGACGACACCGUCCGCUUCACCAGUGAGCUACCAGUAGUGUUGUGGUGUGAUGUUUUGCUUGUCAUAGAUCCCGUGCAUUCAAAGUGCGUAAAGUUGCCAUCGCAGCCACAAGGUAUGGCUUCUUCUUACGAUGGUAACCUGACCGUCAUCGCGUGCUACAAGAACGUUUUGGUGUUUGAGGAUGACAAGUUAUCAGCGGAUCUUAACGUAACCUUCAACCCUUCUUGUGCAGCCAUCUUUGGAGACCUUGUUGCUGUUGGUGGACAGGUGCACAUGCAAUGUCACCUGUGA